AGUAAAAUAACUAUGCAGAGUACCAAAUUGGAACUGUGACAUAUGAUUCAAAGCUAAAAAUCUAAUUGAAGCUACUUACUUCUAGUUCUGGCAUGGUAUUCACACAAUGAUUAAACUCAUUUGCAGUCAAUCACAUACCGCCAUGAUUGAGAGACCCACGCCCUUGUUCUGACACUAUGCAUGCAUAUAUAUUGUGCUUCUCGAUGACGAUUCUCUUAUCAUUUUAAAUAAUACAACUUAUCUGUUCUUAAUGAAUGGAAGAUUAAGCUUUUGUUGCUAGUUGGUAAUAUUUUCACGUACUUUAUGCGUUUUUUGAAAAUCCAAGGUGGAAUCAAACAUGAUAGUUUAAGUUUGUAUGUAUAUUGUUGUACCACGUUGAUGAUCAUCUAAGCCAACGAAAUAAGUCAGGAUUGGCUUAUCUAUAUCUAAAUACUACUGUUGUGAUUGUAUCUCUGAAGAGAAUAUAUAUGGUAAAUCCUAUAUACACAGACUGACAGAGACAGCUAUAAUAGAUAGAGGCAGAAAGAGAGGUUCAGGGCAUAUGGUACGGAUAUGUGAUUAGUUACUACAUUUAAUUAAUACUAUAAAUAUUGCAUUGACGUUCCUAAGUUUUUGAGCCCUUAUGAAUGGGUCUUGUGCUAGCUAAGGCAUCACAUGUGUGAUGUGACCUUUUUCGUUUUCAGUGUACGGCACGUUGUUUCCACUAGAGAGUGAGUUCUGCCAUGUGAGCGUUUUGUGAAUUUCAUGAUGUGGGCCCUCAGUUUUGUGGCACCAUUGUCCAUGCUCCAACUAGUACUUGGACUCAUCUAUUCUUGGAUCAUCCUUUCUGGAAAUGUAUGGCUUCCCACUCUGUGUUAACACUUUGUAAUAUCACUAUAAGUACCACAACACCACGCCCUUCACUCUCAAAGUCAAUCAUUGCGUUCACUUCAUGGGUAUUCGUCUGCCAAUAUUUAUGGCUCUUCAUGGGAACAAGAUAUUCAAGUGGCACCAGCAUCUACAUAGUAGAAACCAGUCGAAUAUUAAUGUUCCAAAGGGUCACGUAGCAGUGUACGUUGGAGAGGCUCAAAAGAAAAGGUUUGUGGUUCCAAUAUCAUAUUUGAACCAUCCUUCAUUUCUUGACUUGCUACACCGAGCAGAGGAGGAAUUUGGUUACAAUCAUCCAAUGGGAGGUCUCACAAUCCCUUGCAAAGAAGAGGCAUUCAUCACUCUCACCUCUCAACUACGUGCUUCCUGAAACAUAUCUUAUAAAUUAAUUAACACCCCUAUUCCUAGUUCCUACCUUCAUUUUUCUGCUUCUACUCACCAUUUGAGUAGUGUUUUUUCCUACUAACUCCACUCUUUGAACAAAUAUAUAAUAAUAAUAAUAUGUAUUCCAUUGUAUACAGUUUAAUUACAUGGACUGUUUGGAGAAGCGAAAUAGCCACUACCAAAUUUUACUUCUUGCAAGUUAAAGCUAUGCUGGUAGUUAAAUGUACGUUGCAGCUUGCCUUUUGUAGUUACCAUAUUCGGGUAUUA